GGAAAGUAUUUGGUCACUAAUGUAAAAUGGCCGAAACUACUGGCAGCAAUUUAUCAUUACACAAAUUAAGUCAAAUUACAAGAAAAGUUCCCAUUGUUCCGUUACCAAAAUUCCAACCAGGACAGUGAAUGCUUUUUGGCCAAGCAUAAACACAGCAGUCCUGUACAAUGCAGACCAAUGACGGGGACGUAAAUAAUUGCAUCGAAAUAAGGACUGUGGAUAAUAUGAAAACAAAGCAAGGAUUGACCUGCCACCUUGUGAUUGCUUCAUUGGCUGGAGCCUUUGGUUCAUCAUUUUUGUAUGGCUAUAACUUGUCGGUAGUAAAUGCACCAGCAGUGUACAUUCAAGCCUUUUGUAAUGAAUCAUUGAUGAGGCGCUUUGGAACAGACAAUGAAACCAAAUCAAUAACUCUUCUCUGGUCGAUAAUUGUCUCCAUUUGUGCCAUUGGUGGUCUGGUUGGUGCGUUUAUUGUAACCCCUUCCGUGAAAUACUUGGGCAGGAAAUGUACUCUUCUCCUUAAUAAUGGCUUUGCAAUCCUUGCUGCUUUGUUGAUGUACUUGAGUGAAACUGCUGACUCCUUCGAAAUGUUGAUUCUGGGGCGUUUUAUUAUUGGAGUGAAUGGAGGCAUUGCCCUCAGUGCCCUUCCUAUGUACUUGGGUGAAAUCUCACAGAAGCACAUUCGUGGAUCCCUAGGGCAGGUUACAUCUAUUUUCAUCUGUGUUGGUGUCUUUGUUGGCCAGGUCUUGGGGCUUCCAGAGAUACUCGGCAAGGAGUCCAGUUGGCCUUUAUUGUUUGGACUAAAUGCAGUUCCAGCUGUGAUACAACUCAUUGUACUGCCCUUUCUUCCUGAGAGCCCUCAGUACUUGCUGUUUGAAAAGAAUGAUAUUUCUCGAGCCAAGAAAGCGUUUCAAGUCUUUCACGGGAAAGAAGAUGUCACUCAGGAACUGGAGGAAAUCCAGGCAGAAAUGAAAGCCCAAAGGCACAUUCGCUUGGUUUCAGUCUUCGAGUUACUGCGAAAACGGUCUGCACGUUGGCAAGUCAUCACAGUCAUUGUCACUAUGACCUGCUACCAGCUCUGUGGUUUGAAUGCUAUUUGGUUCUACACAAACAGCAUCUUCAAAGAGGCUGGCAUAAACAAGGAUUACGUCCCGUACAUCACUCUGAGCACCGGUGCCACUGAGAUCAUAGCUGCAAUUGCUUCUUGCUUGACUAUUGAACGACUCGGUCGACGAUCCCUUCUCAUUAGUGGAUUUGGUUUCAUGUCACUGUUCUUUGGGCUGCUCACAAUCUCGCUUAAUCUACAGAACAAAGUUUUCUGGAUGCCUUAUUUGAGUGUAGUCUCCAUUCUUGGUGUAAUAGCAUCAUUCUGCAUUGGUCCAGGUGGGGUUCCUUUUAUUCUGACUGGUGAGAUGUUUGAUCAUGCCUGUCGGCCUUCUGCAUUCAUGAUUGGUGGCACAGUGCUCUGGCUUUCUAACUUUUCCGUUGGACUUCUUUUUCCUUUUAUCCAGAGUAACUUGGGAUCAUUCUGCUUCCUGCUGUUUGCUGCAAUUUGUAUAUUAGCAUCAAUAUAUCUCUGCAUCAUCUUACCUGAAACCAAAAACAAAAUCUUUGCGCAGAUAUAUCAAUCAUUUGCCAAAAUCAACAAGGUACCCGAGCAAGAAACUGAGCCGAAUGCAGCACUGGAGAAUGAACUAUACCUCAGAAUGACUCCUGUAGAAAAUUUGGUGAAGAGCAACGUAAACAGGAGCUCUGACAACAUUGAGAGUAGUUCAUAACAGAUAAAGCAAUAAUUGUUCCUCAUUCAAUGUUAUUACAUACUUGCAAUACUUGUUAUUGUGCUUUUCACCAUUUGCCCUCACUCUCUUACUGGAUUCACCAAAACCUAACUGGUUUUAGUGGAAAACAUGUACCAGCUGAGGCAAUAUGGCGAGGGCAGACAUCUUCUGUCUGCUAUUUGCAGCUAAAUCAUCUCAGCUCUUAAAAAGGAAUUGUGUUCAAUUUCACUACAAUGGCAAAAAGAGGAACACUUCCUCCAAUUUAAGUCUGAAUUAGAGGAAAAUGUGUACAUUCACUAUUCUUCACUUUAUUGAAAUAGUUAUUUUCAUGUUGCUAAUAUGUUAAUCUACCUGGCUCAAAAUAAACAAGGCAAAUAU